AUGUCUUUUCCCGGGGUUUCUUCAAACAAGGACGCGGCCAAUGGCCACAAGUUGGACUUCCCUUGGAACAAGAACAACCUGCCAAAGCAGCAGUUCAUCAAUAACGAGUAUGUCGACUCGAAAAACAGCAAGAAGCUAGAGCUUUUCAACCCGAAAGACGAAUCGCCCGUCGCCAACGACGUCGCUUUGGGUGGGGAGGAAGACGUCGAUGCCGCAGUGGCGGCCGCCGAGGCCGCCUUUCCCAAAUGGAAGAAGACGCCACCCAACGAGCGACGUGAUAUGCUGUUCAGAUUCGCCGAUUUACUCGAGCAGCAUGGAAAGGCACUGGCAGAGCUGAACAGGUUGACGCUCGGUGCCCCCUUUGAGUCUUUCGGGACGUUUGAACUCAACCUCGCCGUUGAGUGCUUCAAGUACUUUGGCGGUUGGACCGACAAGUUCGCGGGAGAGACGUAUCCGCAGGAGGAUGGGUUCCUGAAGAUUGUACGCAACGAACCACUUGGCGUCACUUGUGGCAUCAUUCCCUGGAACGGACCCAUCGGCAACAUUGGCAUGAAAGCCGGUCCUGCGCUUGCGACUGGAAACUGCUUCAUCUUGAAGCCGUCUGAGAAGACGCCAUUUGCUGCGCUGGCGCUGGGCACCCUCAUCAAGGAGGCCGGAUUCCCACCGGGUGUUUUCCAGAUUGUGGCGGGAGACGGCAGCACCGGCGCCCUCUUCGCUAGCCACAUGAAGGUGCGCAAGGUCAGUUUCACUGGCUCGACGAUGACGGGUCGAACCAUCAUGAAGUUGGCCGCCAAUAGCAACCUGAAGCGCGUCACGCUCGAGCUGGGCGGCAAGUCUCCGGCGGUCGUCUUCAAGGACUGCAACAUGCAGAAUGCCAUCACCUGGUGCGCAAACGCCAUCACGGCAAACACGGGACAGGUGUGCUUUGCGGCCAGCCGGGUGUACGUCGAGUCAGCCAUCUACGACGAGUUCUUGGCCGGCUAUAAGAAGGCGAUGGAGGACAAGAUCAAGGGCGUUGGCGACCCCGACUCGGCAGAGACGACCAUCGGGCCGUUGGUGGACAAGGCCCAAUUCGAGCGAGUGCGCGGCUUCAUCGAGCGAGGCCAGCAAGGGCAGGGAACGUUGUUGAUCGGAGGAGGUCGCGUGGGCGAGAAGGGCUACUUUGUGCAGCCGACGGUUUUCGAGGGUGGGAAGGAAGAUGCCGAGAUCAACAAGCAGGAAAUCUUCGGGCCGGUCGCAGUGAUCCAUAAGUUCGAUUCGGAGGAAGACAUCAUUGCCAAAGCAAACGAUACUGAGUACGGGCUCAUGGCCGGUGUUUUCACCCAGGAUAUCAACAAGGCCUUGAGGAUAGCAUCCGAGUUCGAGAGUGGCAUGGUUGGCAUCAACUGCGUCAGUCUCGCAUUCCUGACGGCGCCGUUUGGCGGCAGCAAGCAGAGUGGUCAGGGCCGAGAGAACGCCAUCCACUCGCUGCGAGCCUUUACAGAGCCCAAGACGGUCAUGGUGAACUUGACGUACUGA